AGAGCAGUUGCGUGAAGCUGAAAGGCAGUCAGGAGAGAGAGGUGGAAAAUGCACCAGAUUUACAGCUGCAGCGACGAAAAUUUAGAAGUUUUCACCACCGUGAUUUCAUCCAAAUCAUGUAGUCCUGCCCGAAGGAGAGCCAAAAGUGCGCAUCACAUCCUGACAAAGAGCGUGGUAGCGGUGUCUGACUGUCAGCCCCACCGGCCAGACAAGCUGCAGCCCCACCACGGCGACCUCUUACAGGUGCUCUACAGAGAAGAAGAGGUGCACAGCUUGGGCCACGUGAGGGGCGGGCAGCAGGGACCCUGCAGCCCCAAGCAUGUGGGAAUAACUGAACGAGAGACAACCAAACCCUGUAAUCACCGGUCAAAUGGGAAACCUUUGCCUCCAUCAUCACUAGCCCUCCCCAUCACAGCGAAGCCAGCUCUCACAGGAUCAACCAUGGAUGACCACCCACUCGCAGAAGACCGUAGGCAGCGCUUGAGGAAGAUGGCAGAGUAUGACCUGACCAUGACACCAGGAGCAGAAGCUUCUCUGCCACUGACAGGAGGCAGCCUGUAUGGGACACCCAGCUUGCUGAGGAAGAUGUGGAUGAAGCACAAGAAGAAGUCAGAGUACCUGGGGGCAACCAACAGUGCCUUUGAGGCAGACUGAUAAGUCUCAACAUCACUCAAAAAAAGUUCCCUUAGCUAGGACGAGGUGCUCUAGGAUUGAUGAAGGAACAGACACAGCACAGCUCCCCAGGAAAAAGAUAUCCUUUUCAUUACUUGACACCAUUGCCUCAGAAUGGUAAGAGAAAGGCUAAUUAAGGUAAAAAUGGUGAGUAUGAUGCAAUGUAUUAGCCUUUCUUUGUUGUGAUACUCUAGAGUCCCAAAUAUCCCACCAGAUUCACAUCUUGACUCAGCGAUGCUGAAACUAUUGCUGACCUAUUGUAUGCAUCCUGUCUGAAUCGUCUCAGACACACAAGAGAAGCCAACCAAGAUGUUUGUGUACUUCUAUAAGGUUAGAGUUCUCUUUUUGUUAUUGAGUGCCAUUAAGUGCCAGGGCUUUGCUCAUUGUGUACCAUUUUUGUCCUCCUUCCCCCUCAUGUAUCCUCUCUUCAGAGAUAUGAGAUAAAAAACACAUGAUAUGCUUGGA